AUGGCCUGGAAACCUCUAAAUCUUUUAAGCUCUGCUGGCGCACAGUUACCAUGCUUCCUAUAUUCAUCUGAAUUCAAAAAUGAUUCAUAUAUAGUGAGACUGACUGAUUUAUCGAAUACAUGGGUCGAGAAGAUAGAUCGCGACACCAUAAUCGAGCGAAGCAAAAAAGAAAAUACAAGUAUUGAUCCUAGUGAGGACGAAGACCAGUUAUCAAUAUUUCUUGAUAAGAUAAAGCUAGGGCUUACGGGAGGAAAAGAUGCAAGCCUAUCUUUGAAAGUUGGGACGGGCAUUUCAAAUGAUCUCUCACCGAACUUACUUCUCCAUGUUAAGAUUCCACUACCUGGUGGAUUGAAAGACUUGGAAUGGCGGUAUGAAUUGGCACUAGAAUGGCCGAAAGAGACAGUUGACAGAUUGGUUCUUCCGAGUUUAAUUGCGCUACAAGAAAAGAGGGAAGAGGUGAAAGAGCUAGUGGAGUUGCUUGGGGAGAAAGAUGCCGUCAUUCAAAAACUGGUCGAUACAUUGGAAAGUCAAGGGACAGACCUGGGCACAAUUUUCCAUCAAGCUGCGGGAAGAUCGGGGAGGAAGGUUGACAGAAAGAAGGCAAGUGAAAAGAUUAAAGGCUUGAAGAUCUUCGAUGCAGAAGCUUGGAAAAAGGAGUUGAGAUCCGAUAAAAUGGAAGAUAGGUGGGAGUUAUUGAACAAGGUGUUUAGUUGCAAUGACAUAACUCCGAAUAUCUCUAUAAAAAACGGUUUUAAUGGAGAGGCUCAGGAUUUCAACUGGUGGGAUCAUAUGCAAGGCAAGGUUGUAGGUACAUCAAAGGAUAGUGCUACGACAAAUCAAGUAAAUUCACCAAGAGAUAUCGAACAAGAAUUUGUACCGCCCGAGGAAGACUUUCAGGUACAAUCAACACCUCCUCACCUUUCAAAAUCUAAGGCUAAGCCUGAUAUUUCAAUGGAUGAUUCUACAGAUGAUGAUGAUGACGACGACCUCGAUGGCCCAUCUCAACGUUCGAGAAUUCCAAACAGCCUCCCCAUCUCACAAUCCCACGCACCAGGUCCUAAUCGAACUCCAACCUCGGGGUCCAGUUCACGAAAAGUGAAAGCCCAGAUUAACAAAUUGGGUACAAAGCAAAAAGCUUCAACACCAACUCCCCCAACUCAAGCCGAAGAUGAUACGACCGAAGACGAUGAACCUAUACCAGCACCUUCACGACCUAGAAGAGUGACCUACCAUAACGAUAAUGAUAAUGAUACCAUGGACGAUGAUACACCAUCCUCUCCGCCAUCAAAAAUGCAGCGGACUUCUAAGGAAUCUCCAGCUAAAAAGAAAGGCAAGCUCGGAAAAAUAGGCGGAAAGAGAGCUGCUUCACAUUCUCUAGAGCCAGAGCCAGAACCAGAAGCCGGACUAGAAGCUGAGCCAGAAACUGAAGCAGAAACUGUAAAGCCGCGACCCAAAAGAGGCAUGCUCGGCAAAAUUGGUGGGAAGAAAAGAGAGAAUGCACCAACACCUGAAAUCGAGUCUCAGAGUUCGGCAACUUCGAAAAAGAAGCUAGGUAUUAUUGGUGGGAAGAAGCCUGCUAGUGGAAAUGCUAGCCAGAAAGGAUAUGCUUCUCAAGAAGAGAAUAGGGGAAGAUCGAGAGAACCGACGAUGGAGGAGGAAGAGAAAAUUAAAGAAACAACCCCACCACCAAGGGAAACUUUGCAAGAACGGGCUGAUAAGAAGAGAGAGAUGCUGAAGAAGGAAUUAGAAGCAAAAAGCAAAGCACCAGUUAAAAAGAAAAGGAAAUUUUGA